UCCUGGCCGUAGGUCAGUAUCCCUCAAUGCAUCGUAGUUGUGCAAUCUCGCUCUCGCUGCCGUGGUGGCGUGCUUGCAUGGCAAACUAGCGAAGUAUUUAUUUCUGGCGGUCUCAUUUUGCGUCGUCGUCCUCUCCCUGAUGUGCUGAAGGGAUCUCUCGGUCUGUCUUCAGUUGCGCGUAGUCUUUCCCGCUGUUCGUUUUCCUCAGAUUUGCCCGCCCGCUUGCGUCGUCCCUUUGAGCGGAAGGCCUCCCCGCGGACAGCUAUGGAGCGACGUGCUGGCGGCGGCGGCGCCCUGCGCGGGGGCCACGGCUCGGCAGGCACGUGCGUCUUCCCCUCUCACCUUCGGCUCCUCCUCUUUCUCCCGCUGCUCUUGGCGAUGGCCGCUGUUCCGUCCAGCGCCACCACCGAAGCGCAGCUCAGGGCGGCCAUCUUGAGUCCCACCCCGCAGGUCCUAGUCGUCGACUCCGAUAUUACGCUGACGUCAAACCUGCCGGACGUAGUCUGUCCCGACCUGACGAUCCAAGGGAAAUGCCGCCGCCGUCUUUGCAAGAUCGACGGGCGCAAUCGCUACUCGGCGUUCUCUAAGGUCCGCUCCAUCACGGUCACAGGAAUGGAGCUGACGAGGCUGAGGUCCAGCGGCGCUCUAGGUGCUCCCGCUCCCGCCAUCAAGGGCCAAUCCAACGGCGGGUCGCAGAUCCGGUUGUCGAAUGUGCGGAUCUCCGACAGCAGGAAUGCGCGGGGGCGGGGCGUCGUCGAGCUGAGCGAGGGAAGCCUCACCGCCGUCAAGACGGUAUUUAGCGGCAACUCCGCCGAAGUCGGCGGCGCCAUCGCUAUAGCCGUGGACGCGCGCCUCGAGGCCACUGACGUCCAGUUCCUGAGGAACAAGGCGGCGGACAUGGGCGGCGCCAUAUCUGCGUUCCAGACGGUCCUCAACUGCACCAAGUGCGUCUUCGACAGGAACGAAGCGGGAUCCAUCGGCGGCGCAGUCAGAAUAGCAGGGCCAGACGGUGCGGGGGCCUUCUUCUUCUCUUGCAAGUUUUCCGCCAACAAGGGCACGGGGAGAGGAAGCAAAGGUGGCGCCGUCUACGUGGACCGCCUGGACGCCAGUCUUUUUGGCGCCAAAUUCUGCAAAUCCUCCUUCGCGGGAAACACCGCCAAAAAUGCAAGAGGCGCCACGGUCACGGACCACGUCUGGAUCGCCAUGACCAAGGAGAAUGACGAAGACGCCAAGAUUCUGUUCUGCCCGCGCCGACCUCGCACAGGAAUCACGAUACCUGACCCUCUGUACAGGCCCAAUGUCGUCGACACCUGCGCCGGCUGCCCUUGAUUUUAUUAUUUAUUUUAUGCUAGAAAAUAAUUCCUGAAAGGAACAGAUACAUGCGUCCAUGCCCUCUCUUCCUCUUUCUACGUUUAUCUUCCCCCCCCCCCCCCCCCCCCUCUCUCUCUCUCUCUCUCUCUCUCUCUCUCUCUCUCUCUCUCUCUCUCUCUCUUGGUGUACGACAGUCUACAUCUCGGUUUCUUUUUCCUUGCUCUCUCUCUCUCUCUCUCUCUUGCGUGCGUGCUGUGUACGACAGUCUGCAUCCGGAUCCCCCUGUCGGUGUGCACAUCUGCUUGUGUCUUUCCCUCUGGGGAGUGUCCGUUUCGUCAUUUUGUCCGUCGAGUCGUACGUGGAUGCGCAGGCAUGUGUUCCUCGUGGAUCAUAGGCGUGACAUUAAAUUGAGAACGUUUGUAUUAGCAACAGUCUCUCUCUCUCUCUCUCUCUCUCUCUCUCUCUCUCUCUCUCUCUCUCUGUGUCUGUUGUUCCGCGAGUAAUCUGACCCAUUUAUCAGACCCGGAAGUCGUUCAGCAGACCCAUCCGAUGGAACGGACCCAUCUGGGACAACGAACGGUUCCAAGUGUCUCUGUUCCAGUUGGGUCCGCUCCACUGCGUACAUGAGUCUGGGCUGGGCAUUUCACAGCGUCUGUUUUGACAGCUUUGACGGACAUCCGACAACGUGCGGCUUGUCCUCUGCUGUUGUCUUUUUGGGGUAACUACGGCGCAGUCACACGACUGCGCCUCAGUUUUCCCUUUCUAUUUUUUUGGGUUCGGUCCUGCUGCGUUUGUUCUUGCCGCCGCUUCUACCGGUAGUAGCGUUCAAUAAAGAACAGGGAAUGGUACUUUGCUCCAUUGGUUAUCAAGCUUGAUCGACGAACAAUCGCCAUCCCCCAACGUUUCCAAUGCAUCUGGACAUGCAGUGGGCACACAGUCCGCAUGCGCUCAAAAUCUCGGCGGAUGGAGAGAGAGCGGUGCAGUUGGCCUGACAUAGCAUGAUGCUGUUUUUGCUUCCAAGCUGAAGGAAAUUAGAAUGCAGAUACGUUUUUUAGUGAUCUCUUCUAUUGUUUUCUGUUUUCUUUUCGUUUGUCUUUUAUGAUCAAUCAAUCAAUCAAUCAAUCAGUCGAAUUGAA